CCAAUUCCACUCGGAGCAGAUUUGCAAAACCAUUUGUUCCCUGGAGAAAAGAAGUGCAGAUAUUCCUGCCUGGUGGCUGAAAAUUCAGCAGGAGACUUGAUUGGGUUCACACUAUAUUAUCCAGCUUGGAGUUUCAUGGGUCAUUCCUAUUAUAUUGAGGAUCUCUACGUGCAACCAUCCUCAAGAAGAACUGGAGUCGGACUGAAAAUUUUCAAAGAAAUAGCUAAGGACGCAAUUGAAAAUAAUGCGAAAAAGCUUUUCUUCUCUGUCCUCAACUGGAAUGAGCCAGCUAUCAAUUUUUACAAGAAGCUGGGUGCUCUCGAUUACACUGCGGAUAUGACCCUGGAUAUCUAC